UCACUUAUCCACAUCCGAUAUCUUGAUCACUACCAAUAUAACUCCUAAUAUGCUCCAUGUUAUUUUACAUGUACAAAGUACAAUAUCUCUUACUGGCUGCAUUACACAGUUUUAUUUUCACGGUCUAUCAUCUUCUUCAGAGACCCUUUUCCUUACAGUGAUGUCCUACGACCGAUAUCUCGCUAUAUGCAAACCAUUACAUUACACUUCCAUCAUGGAUAUCUGGCUUUGUCUCUAUUUAGCCGUUUGGUCUUGGAUUUUAUCAUGUACAGUGUCAAUGCUCAUUGCUUCUCUAAUACAUCAGCUAGUGUUCUGUGGACCUCACAUAAUUGACCAUUAUUUCUGUGAUUUUAUUCCUCUUCUGCAAUUGUCUUGUUCAGAUUCUACCAUUGUAAAAAUGACAGUUAUUGUAUUAUCGAUACCACUUGUAAUUCUCCCCUUGUCUUCCAUCUUUUACACAUAUAUCUCUAUUUUCAUAACGAUCUCCAGAAUUUCCACCAGCAGUGGGAAACUGAAAUCUUUCUCCACCUGCAGCUCUCACUUGAUCGUAGUGAGUAUAUACUAUGGAACUCUAAUAACAAUAUACAUGGCUCCUUCUAAUAAUUCGGCAUUCAAUAUUAAUAAGUCUAUAUCUCUCUUAUAUACAGUGGGAACUCCACUUUUCAAUCCAAUUAUUUACUGUCUAAGGAACAACGAUAUUAAGAACGCA